AUGUCCAUGUCUCAUUAUUCUGAAGCAAGUAGUCGAACAAAAUCCCCUUCCGUCCAUGGCGAAUGUAGGUGUGGUCUUGAUGCACCUUUAAUGACUUCUUGGACUGAUUCUAACCCAGGACGUCGUUUUUACGGUUGUGGGAUGUACAAGAUUCAGGGGUACAAGAGAUGUAAUCAUUUUGUUUGGUAUGAUGAAGAGCUGGGCCCUAGAGCAAAAGAGAUGAUUUCAACAUUGAAACAGAAACUGAAAAUUGCAAAUCUCAAAAUUGAUGCAGCCAAGAUCCAAGAAGAUGAAAUGAGCAAGAAGAUCAGGAAUUUGAACAUGAGGAUAAUGUAUUUGAAGCUUUCGAUUGCGUCCAUUGUCGUGUUAGUAGUGGGAUUAGUGUUAGGAUUUGUAAUGAACUAG